AUGGGAAAUGCCUCAGACACAUCUCCUGUGUUUGUCUCCACCAUCUCCAAGGAGUAUGAUCUCCUCAUGGGUUCACUCUACAGUAUUUUCUGUUUAUUGUCUCUCCUGGGUAAUUGCAUUCUGCUACUUGUUGCAUAUCAAAAGUGGUCAUCCUUGAAGCCAGCAGAGUUUUUCAUCAUCAAUCUAUCCAUCAGUGACCUUGGGAUGACAGUUUCUUUAUUCCCACUAGCCAUACCCUCUUCUUUCUCACACAGGUGGUUGUUUGGAGAAAUUACCUGCCAGGUCUACGCUGCAUGUGGAGUACUGUUUGGCUUAUGCAGCUUGGCCAACCUGACAGCUCUGUCCCUAGUUUGCUGCCUUAAAGUCUGCUUCCCAAACCACGGUAACAGGUUCUCCUCGUCUCAUGCCUGCCUCCUGGUGGCUGGAGUGUGGUGUUAUGCCUCUGUGUUUGCCAUGGGCCCCUUGGCACAGUGGGGGCAUUACAGCGCUGAACCCUAUGGCACCGCCUGCUGCAUUGACUGGCAUGCACCCAACCACGAGCUUUCAGCUUUGUCUUACAUUAUCUGCCUCUUCGUGUUUUGCUAUGCACUGCCCUGCACCAUCAUCUUCCUCUCCUACACCUUCAUUCUGCUGACGGUGCGGGGGUCGCAUCAGGCCGUCCAGCAGCAUGUGUCACCCCAGACCAAGACCUCCAAUGCGCACGCUCUCAUUGUCAAGCUGUCAGUAGCAGUGUGUAUAGGUUUCCUGGGUGCCUGGACCCCAUAUGCUGUCGUAGCAAUGUGGGCUGCCUUUGGUGAUGCCACUCAAGUUCCCCCCGCUGCAUUUGCCCUGGCAGCUAUCAUGGCCAAGUCUUCCACUAUCUACAAUCCUAUGGUUUACCUGCUGUGCAAGCCCAACUUUCGCAAGUGUCUAUACAGAGACACGUCAGCGUUCCGACAGAAGAUGUGUAGGGGAAGCCCCCAGCCAGACCAGAAAGAGCCUUUUGGAUCCACAUUGCAGCGCAACAAAAAGGACGCAAGUGUCUCCACGCGCUUUUCAAAUGGACAUCAGGAGAGCCAAGGGGCAUGUCUGCACUGCACUGAGGAUGGAUCGCUUUGUCAUGUGUCCACACCCCAAAGAACUGCCUGCAUCUUGACUGGAUCCACCUACAACGAGGUGACAGUCAGCCAGCUCCCAGCCAAACUACAGGCUGAUUUACUCUAGUGUUGCAGCCUCCGUCUUUGAUGAGGCAAACAAGAGCAGACAGAUGCACCAAAAAGACAGAGAGAUGACAUUGCGGGCUUGGACAACUAAAUAACAAAGAGCCUUGUCUUUGUUACAUGAGUGGCACUCAAAUUAAGAUGAAUACGUGUCAUCAAGACUGAAGAGUGUGAAAAUGACAACUCCCACAGGCUCCUGUAGCUUGUUCAGCAAAGGCUCGUACCAAGAACCCAACAUGGCAUCCCUCCUGACAUUCUUCACUCCUGAAUGGCUUUAUCUCCCUGAAAUGCUGGGGAUUCAAAAAUCCACAAUGAGCUUACUUCUGCUGGGGAGAUUUGUUGCAGGGAUUUAUGCUUGCAAUGCCUUUCCACCUACUGACAAACAUUUCUCAGCUUUUUUCCUUCGGGUUGAAUUUCUGCCUCAUUUCAAUGUACAGAAAAUUAUAUGGAUUCUGAAGGAGAGAACAAGGCAAAGGAACCUCAAUUGGCCUCAACGUGAUUUAUUUGUGGAGAAGAAUUAGGCCUUUGUAUGGCAUUUUAAAUUACCUCAGCAUCUUUUACAUACAGUCUUACAGUAUAUAACAAAAACAUUGCCUCAUGAAAGGAUGGUUAUUUUUUUACUUUAUCAAGUGCAAAAAAGACCAAACAUGUUAUGUAAAGAUGUAUCUGUAUAAUUAUAAUGGCACCAGAUAUGAAGAUGUUGUUUAUGUUCCAUGCUGUGAUAGCAAGAUUCAUAAGCAUAUUUUAGCUUAUUUGGUAAAGCAAGUGACUAUCUUGCUGGCAGCUGGCAGUAUCAUGGAGAAGCUACAUCCCUUGCAAAUUUGAGUGGUACUUUGAAAAUGGACUGAUUCAACACAACUUCCUGAUUAGGAACACAACAGUAACCAAAUGAAGUUAUCUUUUUAAAUUAUAACUACAACCUCAUAUUAUUCUGCAUUCAUGCUUAGGUUUUCCCUAAAUACAAAAAAAUAAAUAAAAUAAAAAACAGUACUGUACUCUGUCUAAUUUUGCUACCCCUUUCCAAUACUGUGUUACUGUUCUGUGGGACUUGAAUAUAAAGUAAAGUGUACUGUAUGUACUAAUGUCGAGUUUAUGUGUGUAUCAAAGCAAAAGAA